UUCCCUCGCUAUAAGUAGCACCCCCUCGUCUUCUCAUUAAGUCCUCGUAACAGUUCCUCAACAACUUAAUCGACUUCAUUCUCCUCCAAAUCUCUCUCUCUCUCUCUCUCUCUCUCUCGUUCAUGGGGACUAUUAGGGGUGGGUGGACGGUGCUGUGGGCGGUGGUGUGCAUGGUGAUGUGUGGAGGGGCCUCCAUGUCGCUGGCAGGCGCGGCCGUCGAAGGACAGGAACAGUUGAGGCAUGUGCAGGAGCAAUGUGGGCUCACCAGGUACCCGACCCUGUGCGUCCGGACCUUGGCAGGUUCGGGUUCAGCUGACAUUCUCUCUGCUCUGGUCAACAAGACCAUCCUCGAGACCAAGCUUCCUUCUUCCUACUUUUCCCAGAUCGCCUCCCUCCACGAGACCCAAGGAUCUCAACAUGCAGCAGCUGUUACAGAUUACUGUGAGGAUGCCAUGACCCUCUCCCUCAAGAGGCUCGAGCAGUCGCUUGAAGCCCUCAAAGAGCCAGGGAAGAACAAGGGGGACGUCCAGACGUGGCUCAGUGCUGCGAUGACUCUUCAAGAAUCAUGCAAAGACUCGGCCCGGGGCCUCGAUGCUCACGGUCUCUCGAGCGACCACGGGACUCGUUUGUUCCAGAAGAUGGACUAUCUCGCUCAGCUCACCAGCAACGCUCUAGCGCUCGUCAAUCGGAUCACUCACAGACGACAGCCGUCGAGGACCGGCAAGAACAGGAACCUCGGCGAAAUGCGUGAUUUUCCGAACUGGGUGUCGAAGAAAGACAGGAGGCUGCUCGAGAGCGCCGAGGUGCAGGCAAACGCGGUGGUCGCGAAGGAUGGCACAGGGAAUUACAGGACUGUCUCGGAAGCGAUCCAGGCCGCUUCGGGUGAGCGGUUCGUGAUCUACGUGAAGGCGGGGGUUUACAAGGAAAAGAUCCACGCCAACAAGGACGGGAUCACAUUGAUCGGAGACGGGAAGUAUUCUACGAUCAUCACCGGUGAUAGUAGUAACGCUGGGGGUGCUUCCUUGUCUGGCACUGCUACAUUCACAAUCACCGGCGAUGGAUUCAUAGCCCGAGACAUCGGGUUCCAGAACACGGCGGGGCCCCAAGGUCGUCAGGCCGUCGCCGUAACCGUGGCCUCCGAUCACUCAGUAUUCUAUAGGUGCAGCAUCGCCGGCUACCAGGACACAUUGUACGCGCACGUGCUCCGCCAGUUCUACCGUGAGUGCGACAUCUAUGGCACCGUGGAUUUCAUCUUCGGGAAUGCGGCUGCUGUCUUCCAGAACUGCGAGCUGGUAGUGCGGAAUCGUGGAAACAAGGCCUUUACCGUGAUCCUUGCCAACGGGCGCACCGACCCGGGCCAGAAUACCGGGUUCACGGUCCAGAGAUGCCGCAUCACCUCGAACUCCGGUGGCUCCUACCUAGGCAGGCCAUGGAAGUACUAUUCUAGGGCAGUGGUCAUGCAAUCCACCAUUGAUGGUGGAUUAUCUCCUAGGGGCUGGAUUGAGUGGCCAGGCUAUGGAAGUUCAGUGCUCAGGACACUCUAUUUUGCAGAGUAUGCAAAUCAGGGACCCGGUGCUGGGACCUCAGGGAGGGUUCAAUGGCCUGGUUUCCAUCUGAUUGGGGCUCAAGAAGCCGUGAAAUUCACUGUCCAGAGCUUGAUUUCUGGGAAUUCAUGGCUGCCUUCAACCGGUGUGGCCUUCACCUCCGGCCUCUAGUGAAGAAAAACUUCAUGUGAGUAUGUUACAAUGUGAUAGUUUGGGACAAUCUGAUGACGUAAAGAUGGGUAACACAAGUAAAGAUGUAAAGAUGUGUAACACAAGUGCAGCAAUGGCACUUGCUAAGCUUUGUCGAUUAAGCAUAGAAAAAGGGUGUACUUUAAGAUGUUGUGAUUGAGCAAAGUGUAACAUGAUUUCACGUGCUGGAAUAAAAUCAUUUGGAAGUUCCUUAGAGAAUUCAAUGUGGAACUGGUGAGCUUAUAAGAUUUAGGGUGCCAACAGAAAAAGAGUUAGAAAGACAGUCUUUGUAAUCGAUGAAGCUGAUUUGCUAAUUUCUAAUAAAACCACGUAAAUUG